UUUGUCAUAUCCACAAAUCACAAGUCACAACCAAGCUCCUCCUCUUUAGUGAGUUUGUGUGUGUUUUUUCCUUCUGUGGGUUGUUGACACACGCAAACUUGCUUAGAGAGACUAAGAGAGGAAAGAUGACGAGUGAAAAUGGGUUCACAAAGGUGUUUCAGAAGUUUAAGCCUUACCUUGCUAUGGUGUCCCUUCAGUUUGGUUAUGCUGGAAUGUACAUCAUCACCAUGGUUUCAUUCAAACAUGGAAUGAGCCAUUGGGUGCUCUCUGUGUACCGACAUAUCAUUGCCUUUUGCUUCAUGGCUCCUUUUGCUCUUGUCCUAGAAAGAAAAAUACGGCCAAAGAUGACUCUCCCUGUGUUCCUGAGAUUGGUGGUGCUAGGCUUCCUUGAGCCAGUGCUUGAUCAAAACUUGUACAACAUGGGGAUGAAGAACACUUCAACAACUUUUGCAUCGGCCACCAUUAAUGUCCUCCCAGCCAUUACUUUUGUAUUGGCACUCAUUUUCAGGUUAGAGACAGUGAAUUUCAAGAAAAUUCACAGCGUGGCCAAGGUGAUUGGAACAGUAGUAACAGUAUCAGGAGCCAUGGUUAUGACUUUGUACAAAGGCCCUGCUUUCCAGAUCGUGAAGGGAGAAGGAGGAAGCGGCCAUGACAGUAGCAGCGGUGAGCCCUCAGAACAGAACUGGCUGCUCGGAACAGUAAUGCUCAUCGGAAGUUGCGGUGGUUGGGCUAGCUUCUUCAUCUUGCAAUCCUUCACUUUGAAGAUGUACCCAGCAGAGCUCACAGUAACAGCCUGGAUUUGCUUUUUGGGUAUUAUUGAGUGUUCAAUUGCAUCGCUUAUAUUUGAACGUGACAUGAGCGUGUGGUCCUUAGGCUUCGACUCCAGGCUUCUUGCUUGUGUUUAUUCUGGGGUGGUGUGCUCUGGAAUGGCCUACUAUGUACAAGGAGUUGUCACAAGGGAACGUGGCCCUGUGUUUGUUACUUCCUUCAGCCCUCUAUGUAUGAUUAUCACAGCUGCAUUGGGUUCCCUUGUCUUGGCUGAGCAAAUUCAUCUUGGAAGUAUAAUUGGAGCUAUUAUCAUUGUGUGUGGACUUUACACUGUGGUAUGGGGGAAAAGCAAAGACAGUGUGAACACAACUGGAGCAGGAAGCGAUGAGGGCCAAGCAUUGCCAAUAAAAGACAGUGCAAAAUCAGGAUCAUACGUUUUUGAAAGUAUUGGAGUGAAUGUUCCUGGAACAAGAUCAUAGGUCCUUUAGGACUAACUUACAAAUUUUCCUAGAGAGAUUUUGUACAAUGUACAAAUCUUUCCCUUAUACGUAUCUUUCUUGUUUAACUUUCUUUUUUUCUUUUUCUGUUUCUGAAGCUAAGAGUUAUGAAUAAAAUAAUGCACUCUAAGUCUCUGUUUUUGUC